CAAUAAGGGGCGCGGGCCGGGCGGGGAGGAGGGAGAGCCGUCGGCAGCCCGAGCCGAGGCGGGGACUCCAGGCCCGCGCCGUCGGGGCGCGUCCCGGCCAUGGAGCUCUGGCCGUGGCUGAGCGCGGCGCUGCUGCUGCUGCUGCUGCUCGUGCAGCUGAACCGCGCGGCCAGGUUCUACGCCAAGAUCGCCCUGUACUGCGUGCUCUGCUUCACGGCCUCCAUCCUGGCCGCGGCCGUCUGCCUGCUGCGCCACGGCGGCCGGACGGUGGAGAACAUGAGCAUCAUCAGUUGGUGGGUCCGGUCCUUCAAGUACGUUUACGGCCUUCGCUUUGAGAUAAACGGUCGCCAGAAGCUGGAAGUCGACCACCCCUGUGUCAUCAUUUCUAACCACCAGAGCAUCCUGGACAUGAUGGGCCUCAUGGAGAUCCUCCCCCAGCGCUGCGUGCAGAUCGCCAAGCGGGAGCUGCUCUUUAUGGGGCCCGUGGGCCUGAUCAUGUACCUCGGGGGCGUCUUCUUCAUCAACCGGCAGCGCUCCAGUACCGCCAUGACGGUGAUGGCCGACGUGGGCGAGCGCAUGGUCAGGGAGAACCUCAAAGUGUGGAUCUACCCCGAGGGCACGCGGAAUGACAAUGGGGACCUGCUACCUUUCAAGAAAGGUGCCUUCUACCUGGCGAUCCAGGCCCAGGUGCCCGUGAUCCCGGUGGUGUACUCCAGCUUCUCCUCCUUCUACAACUGCAGGAUGAAGCUCUUCACCUCAGGAACGGUCAAGGUGGAGGUGCUGGAUGCUGUCCCCACCAGUGGCCUCACCGUCGCUGAUGUACCCAAGCUCAUGGACACCUGCCACCAGGCCAUGAGGACCACCCUCUUCCACAUAUCCAAGAUGCCCCAGGAGAAUGGGGCCACUGCGGGGCCUGGUGCCCAGCCGGCCCAGUAGCCAAGGCCUGGAGUGGGACAGGACCUGGGGUGGGGUGGGCAGGGGCAGGACCUGGCUAGAGAAUGGACAGAGGGGCCCCCUCCUCUGCCCCACCCGGCUGCCAA